UGUGGGAGUGCGCUCCAUGUGAACUCAGACUGGGAUCUGAAAAGAGUAGCGGGAGACUGUGGUUGUUCGUCGGGAUCGCCUUGGGAUUUUAUUUGGUUUCUCUGGAUAUUUCUUCAUUAAGACUUUAAAAAUGUCAUCCAAACAAGAAAUAAUGGAUGACCAACGGUUCAGGCGUGUUUCAAAGGAUCCCAGAUUUUGGGAAAUGCCAGAAAAGGAACGAAAAGUCAAAAUUGACAAGAGGUUUCGAGCCAUGUUUCAUGACAAAAAGUUUAAAUUGAACUAUGCUGUUGAUAAAAGAGGGCGUCCUAUCAGCCACAGCACUACAGAAGACUUGAAGCGCUUCUACGACCUUUCAGACUCCGAUUCUGAUCUCUCUGAUGAGGAAAGCAAAGUACUCAAUCAAACGAAAGUAAAGCAGAAAAAAAAGCAGACCAAAAAAGAAGCAAAGUCAAAAACGCUGAUUGAAGAGGAAAAGAAAGAAACCAAGAAAACUGACCAAAAGGAUUCUGUAAAUAAAAAUGACUUAAAUAAUUUUGAAAGAAUUCAGAAAACAAAAAACUCACAUAAAUCUCAGAAGAUAGAUUCAGAAAUAAGUCCCAAGAAGAAUAGUGAAGAAUUUCUACAAAGUACAAAAAUGAAAAGGAGUACCACUGACCACAGUGUAGAAGCUAUGCCCAAAGGAAAACUAAGGACCAAAGAUUCCAGUACCUCUGAAAUGGAAUCUUCAACAGUCAGUUGUUCUAAGUCAAAAAGAGAAAAGCAAUCAGACAAUGAUGGUAGAAUGCUUGACAAAGAUGCCCUGGAGGAAGAUUCAGACGGUGCUAGUGGACUAGGAAGUGAUGAGGAGUCUGAAGAUGAAAUCACAAGUGACGAUAGAACCUCAGCCGAUGAAGAUGAGGAUGAAGAAGAAGAGGAAGAUAGUGAGGAGGAGGAUGAAAGUGACAGUGGUCCUGAUCUUGCAAGGGGUAAAGGAAAUGUAGAAACUAGUUCUGAAGACGAAGAUGAUUUGGCAGAUUUAUUUCCAGAAGAACCUGGUUUUGAACAUGCUUGGAGAGAAUUAGAUAAAGAUGCUCCUCGGGCUGAUGAGAUUACACACAGACUAGCAGUUUGCAACAUGGACUGGGAUAGAUUAAAGGCAAAAGAUCUGCUGGCUCUGUUCAACUCAUUUAAGCCCAAAGGAGGAGUUGUAUUUUCUGUGAAGAUAUAUCCUUCGGAGUUUGGAAAGGAGAGGAUGAAGGAAGAGCAAGUUCAAGGACCAGUAGAGUUACUGAGUAUUCCUGAGGAUGCCCCUGAAAAGGACUGGGCCUCUAGAGAGAAGCUAAGAGACUACCAGUUCAAACGAUUGAAAUACUAUUAUGCGGUAGUAGAGUGUGAUUCUCCUGAAACAGCAAGUAAGAUUUAUGAAGAUUGUGAUGGCCUGGAAUUUGAAAGCAGUUGUUCUUUCAUAGACCUAAGAUUUAUACCAGAUGAUAUUACCUUUGAUGAUGAGCCCAAGGAUGUGGCCUCAGAAGUUGAUCUAACAGCAUAUAAACCAAAGUAUUUCACAUCUGCUGCAAUGGGAACAUCAACGGUGGAGAUCACUUGGGAUGAGACUGAUCAUGAAAGAAUCACAACACUUAACAGAAAGUUUAAAAAGGACGAGCUUUUGGACAUGGACUUUCAAGCCUACUUGGCUUCCUCUAGUGAGGAUGAAGAGGAUGUGGAAGAAGCACCAGAAGGUGAAGAUGGAAUCAACGUAGGAGAAGAUGGAAAAACAAAGAAAAGUCAGAAGGACGAUGAAGAACAAAUUGCUAAAUAUAGACAGCUCUUGCAGGUUAUUCAAGAAAAAGAAAAGAAAGGAAAAGAAAAUGAUAUGGAAAUGGAAAUCAAGUGGGUUCCAGGUAAGAAUUUGAUAUUAAGUAAAAGUUUUCUCCUGAAUGCUCUUGCUGAAGAAGCCAGUGAAGAUGAGCUUCCUUCUGAUGUUGAUUUAAAUGACCCCUACUUUGCUGAAGAAGUUAAAAAAAUAGGUAUCAAGAAAAAAUCAAUGAAAUCUGCAAAAGACAGUGCAUCUUCAGAGGAAGAAACUGAACUAGAAAAACAAAAGGCUGAGAUGGCUUUACUUGUAAUGGAUGAGGAAGAAGACAGCAAGAAACACUUCAAUUAUGACAAGAUUGUGGAGCACCAGAAUCUGAGCAAAAAGAAGAAGAAACAGCUUAUGAAAAAGAAAGAGUUAAUUGAGGAUGACUUUGAGGUAAAUGUCAGUGACGCACGGUUUCAGGCAAUGUACACUUCCCACUUGUUCAAUUUGGAUCCCUCUGAUCCUAAUUUCAAGAAAACAAAAGCUAUGGAAAAAAUUCUGGAGGAGAAAGCUCGGCAACGAGAACGGAAAGAGGAACUGCUUAUUCAAACAGUAGAGAGAGCACAGCAGGACAUGGGAAAGCCAGCAAAAAACAAACCCAUGGAUCCCGCCUUGUCCAUGCUGAUUAAAUCUGUGAAGAACAAAACAGAGCAGUUCCAAGCCAGAAAAAAACAGAGAGUCAAAUAACUGGGCACCGUCUCUACUACCUCUUCAAGUAUACAGAAGUAGCAUAAAGUAUAGUGGGAAUAAAGCCACCUUUCUGGAAUAUGAAAAAUACUCUUUUCUGACCAUUGUAAAGUUGUUCUUCAUUGGGGCCCGAGAGAUGGCUCGACAAUAAAGAAGAAUGGUGUUUUUGCAUAGCAUCUGAGUUUGGUUCCCAGCACCCACUUGACAGCUCACAGCCAACCAUAUGUAAUUCCAGUUUUGAAAGACCCAGUGUCCUUUCUUGGCCUCCAUGGGCAUGGCUUGCCCAUAGUUGUGCAUAAACAUAAUUGCAAACAAAAUAUUCACCCACAGAAAAUUUUAAAGUAAAAUUGUAAAAAAAAAUGUUAUCCUUAUGUAAUUGUUUACCAAAUUGUAAAUAGUUCAUGUUUUAUGCUGUGUAUUUUCAGAUUUGCCAUAAUAUAAUUAUAAAAACUAUAGAAUUCUUAAGAAUUUUAUAUUGUAUGAAGUUCAUUUCCUACAAGUAGUUACUCUAACUUCCUAAGAUACUAUUUGCAAUCUAUGUAAAAUGGUGUCAGUUUUUCUGUGUAAAGAUUAAAAACAAAGCUGGGCAGUGGUGGUGCACACCUUUAAUCCCAGCACUUGGGAGGCAGAGACAGGCGGAUUUCUGAGUUUGAGGCCAGCCUG